AUGAAUUCACAACAGUUACAAAGUUGGUUAGAAGAAAUAUCUAACAAUUAUAAAAGUAUUGAAGAUCCUACAGUAGGAAUAGAAGAUUAUACAAAUUUUCUUAAUCAAUUAAUACCUAAUACACAAGUUUUAAUACAAUAUUUAACUAACCACUAUAAUGAUGUUUACCUAAUUCAACCAAUUAUUGCUCAAAUAUUAAUGUUAUAUUAUAAAAAAGGAGCUUUUAGAUAUUUUACACUACAAUUAAUACCUUCUUUUAUGAUUAUAUAUUUCACAGCUUUAUCUAAAAAACAAAAAAAUAAAACAAUUCUUUUUGAAAAUUUUUUCUUAGCAAUUUAUAAUGAAGAAAUUCUUGCUAAUGGUCCUGGAUCAAGUGAUAUGGAAAAGAAAGUUGAAGAAAUAAGAAUACCUUCUAUCUCAACACCUUCUGUUUAUCAUAAUCCUAAAAAAUUAGGAUUAAUCAAUGGAGAUAAUUCAUCAUUAUCUUAUGAGACUGAACCUGAGUGUUUAUUUACUGUUAAAAUUGGACCAUAUCAAGCAAUUGAAAAAUUUAAUGCUGAAACUAAAUAUCUUGUUUUGAAUAGACUUUUACGUGGUAUUAAUUCCAAUUUGUCAAGAUUGUCUCCAGAAAUUGUUGGUCGAUCAAUUUGCAUACUAGCAAUUUUAGUUACUCAAUGUGGAUUUAAUUUUCCUGAAAGUCAAUUAAGCUCUCGAAUAUUGGGUAAUAUAUCACAGUUGGAAGUUAUUGAAGAUUUUUCAAAUCGUCGAAGGAUUCCUGUUAACGCUAUUUUUCUUAGAGAACUUAUUUGUGGAGUCUAUUUUUCUAUUUACAAUUAUAAUGCUGAUUUUGCUUUAAAAGCUCUCGAAUCUAUUCAUUAUAGGGCUCAAUAUGAAAUGUUGGCAGAGAUACUUGUUAUUACUGAAGCAAUCAUUCAAUAG